AUGGAUAACUCAUCAAUAAAUAAAGUUGAGCAAUUCUUUGAAUUUAUCUUGUUUUUGGAUUUUAUCGAAGAUCUAGAAAUCUCUCUUAAUUUUCCGCUACAAUUUAAUGUAUAUGUUGAAUUCCAUGAUAUUUUAUUGAACGGAGAAAAUGUGAUUGUUACUGUGUUGGAUGGAGCAGGGACGAUUAAUUUAAAAGUUGCUUUAAAUUUUCCUCUGAAUGAAAUUUCUGAGUACAACAGUUUUGCUUCUUAUCCUAUGCUAGUUUACUUCGAAUCACUGAAUGAAAUUGAACGAAGCUAUCAACAAUCAAUAAAAAGAAAUAGUAGUAUUCAUCAAACAUGGGUCUGCGUUGUAGACUUGUUGCCAUUGAUAUAUGCGCCGGCAGCCGCCGCCGCGGAUGGUGGCGACGGCGGUGACACGGCGGCGAGCGGACGGUACCCGCUGAGGGCGAUGGGAGAGCUCAACCGGAAUUUGCUGUCGGACGCGGGCGCGCGCCUGAACGCGACCGUGUCGCGUCCGGAGACGAGUCCGUUUCGAGCGUUCCCGCCGCCCAACAACGUUCUGAACGUUACGGUGCACGGACUGUACAAUCCACCGUUGAAUGGCCAUCGACGUCAUCGUCACGCGGCCACCACGUGUACGGCCACGUUGGACGUAGCCGAGGCAAUCGAUCCGGAUUUUCAUAGCUUCGUAUUUGCGCACGGCACGUACACGGACAUAACGAGGGACGUAAACGACCUGCGAUGGUACAGCUUGGAUAACAUGUCGGCAACCGUAUCCGCCACGGGUCAGAGGUUCGAGGAACAAGACGCCGUCGUGGUGAAUUCCGCGAACAUUCCCGAACCAAAAGACAUAAUGUUCAAAGGGCCUAGAUACGAAUGGAAUAUGAGACAACGAUUUCUUUUGAACAAAAAAUCUUCACAAACGUUUCAGGACUUUAUUUUCGAACAUAGGUAUAUGUUUGUCAAAUUUAUAUUCACUAAGAAUUCUAUGAUAACCAACAACACGGUUUUUUCACAAGAACUUAAUGACCGAGAAUCAAACGAAAACGUCAACGAUGAAGUUGUUCACGUAGCCCUUUUGGACUUGUCGAUGUUGUUACAACCCAACUGCACUUCAGUGAGAUGUUUAUCAACUGUCCAUGCACUUGACGAAAAUAUAAUACAAACCCAUGGAUUUUCAUCAGCUGCUCUUAUUACCGAAGAAUUUAUUGAAAAAAAUACUAUUGGAGAUCAGCAUUUAGAAAAGUCUUCAAUACCGUUGCUGGAUGUAUCUAAAGACUUGUCCACUCACUUCAUACCAGAUAAUUCUGCAGAUCGGGUAUCACCGUUUGUCGUUGUUGAUAUUUCAGUGUCCAAUUCGUUCUAUGAUCAAUAUUUAAAACACGUAACAUCAAAAAUGUUAGAACUGAACAUUAUUCUUGAAAAACCAAUGGCUACAACAGUUGCACCGAUAACGUCAAAUAAAUACCAAGAAUGUUUGAAGACCACCAUAGAAUCGUUGAUAGGAACAUCAAUAAGAAUCAAUGAUCCAGAUGGUGAUAACGAGGACUACUACGUGAACGAGCUUAAGGAUUCCGGCGUUUACGGAUCAAUGCAAUCGCUAUUAUGUAACGAAAUCCGACAGUACAUUAUAGACAACUAUGCGGGUCCGAUGAUCGGUGAAACGAUUCAGAGCUUCGUAAAUCGGAUUUUCAUGGAUCUAGUGGAUAAAAUGAAGAAAACGGUCAAGUCAUUCGAGUUUUCACAUUCUUGCGGUGAUGCCGAGAACGUAGUAAAAUCUGAUCAUGAUAUGAUGAUUGUGUACGCCAGAGAAGCAGACGAACUGAAACAGACGGAACGCGCAAAAAAAAUCUGCUUUGACUUAAUCUCUACAGCUGGCACAAGGUGUAACCCGAACUACUGGUUAUUAUACGCUAGUUUUUGCUCAAGGCGACUAGAUUUCAAUACGGCUUUGGAGUAUGUUAAAGAAGUGUUAUUAGUCGACAGUGGCAAUCAAAUCGGAUUAUUUUUGUAUGCCGCAAUACAGUUGACUAUUUACGAGGACAACAACAAUGGUGAAAUCGUGUUGAAGUCUUUGAUAAUGAGUCACGGAGAUUUCAGUGAAGUGUAUGCCUUGCUCAGUGUUCACUAUUAUACACUCAACAUGUAUAAAACCAGCAAAAUUAUGCUACAAAGGGCUCUAAAAACUGUCGAAAAAGACGAAUUUGAAAAUAAUAAUCUACUUCACGAAAAUCUUUUGAGCUGGCAAUCAAUAGGUCAUAGCAACAAUCCUUUGAUUAAAUGUGCAAUUUUACUAUUAAAACACGAACUGGUAGAAUUGGCAACUCGUUGCUUAAAAUUGGUAGUAGAACAUAGUGAACAGUACCAUUAUUACAUGGCCGUGUGUGAAAACAAAAAAGGAAACUAUUCAGCAAGCUUAGAACAUUUAGAACAUAAAAUAUUGUUAGGAAAAUAUGAAAAAUGUUUCGACGCAUUGCGAUAUCUUAACGACAUAGAGUUGAACGAAUCGAUGGACGUUUUAAAAAACUAUUUGUUACAAGUGAUACAUACCGAAAAGCCGCGCAAAGAACUUCAUUUGGUUUAUUUAAAAUGUGCUCUGCGUUGUUAUACAAACAAAUGGUAUGCCAGAGGAACGGAAAUCUGCCGAAUCGCUGGCAACGUGCUACGCACGCCGAUGGUAUUCACAUUGUUGGCAAAAUGUUUGAUUGAGAUUGGCGAAUUGGAAGCCGCAGAGGAAGCGCUGAACGAAGCCAACCUUAUGGACGUUAAGAACGAGGAAGUGUGGGCAUACCUGACGAUUGUAAACAUCAGAAUGGGAAACGCCGAUGAAGCGAAAGUCUGCUACACGCAAGCCCUAGAGUAUGGACUAAAACAAGAAAUGAAAAAGGAAAUCAACACAUUGUUAAAAAGAAGACACUUAAAUAUUUAA